AUGAAGAUAUUCAUAUGUUUAACUAUUCUACUACAAAUUUUCGUUUUACAAGUACGAACAAAUGAAUGUGAACUAACAUUAAAUGAUGAAAUUCAAUUAACAGCAAAUGAUUUUAUUCAAUCACAACAACUAUGUAAUACAUCGAAUUUUUCAAUGACAAAUAGACGUCGAAUAUCUAUUACUGGUCGUUUACUAGAUUAUACAACACGUUGUCAGAAGAGUAUAAGUAACGCCAAUGUUGAAAUUAUUCGCAUACAUUCAAAUCCUCAAUUAAUAUGUUCUGAUCUUCAUCAUCCAAAUUCUCAUGGUUAUUUUAACUUAACCAAUGUAAUAUUACGCUUUAAUGAGAAAGUUUUAUUACGAGUAACAUCACCAGGUUAUAAAACCAUUUACAAAAAAAUUCGUUUACCAUUAUCAUAUGAACGAUCAGAAGAGAAAGUAGUGAAUUAUCAAAUUGUUUUAACAAUAGAUACAAAACAGAAUCAGUCACAACAUGAUGAACGUAUGAAAUCUAUCGUUGAUAGACUUCUAUGUCAAAUGACGUUAGAUGAAAAAAUUGGUCAAUUGAAUCUUCUCAGUAUUAAUUUUAAUGCCGAUGGUGCAGGUAUAACUGAUAAUCUAAGAGAGAAAAUUCAUCGUGGUGGAGUUGGUGGUAUACUCAAUACUUAUACUCCAAAAGCUGUUCGUCAAUUACAAGAACUUGCAAUAAAUAGUACACGUUUAAAAAUACCAUUAAUCUUUGGUUUUGAUGUUAUUCAUGGACAUAAAACAAUUUUUCCUGUUCCUCUUGGUUUAAGUUCAACAUGGAAUAUGACAUUAAUCGAACAAAGUGCACGAAUUGCAGCUCGAGAAGCAACUGCUGAUGCUAUUAAUUGGGUCUAUUCACCUAUGGUCGAUAUAGCACGUGAUCCACGUUGGGGAAGAAUUGUUGAAGGUGCAGGUGAAGAUCCUUGGUUAGGUAGUCAAAUAGCUGCUGCCAUGGUACGUGGUUUUCAAGGACAUAAUUUAAGUCUUGUCGAUACAGUUAUGUCAUGUUUUAAACAUUUUGCUUUAUAUGGUGCAGCAGAAGGUGGUCGAGAUUACAAUACUGUUGAUAUGAGUCCUUUGAGAAUGUAUGAAUAUUAUCUUCCUCCAUAUCUUGCAGCAGUUAAAGCUGGCGCUGGCAGUGUCAUGACAUCAUUUAAUGAAAUCAAUGGUAUUCCAUCAACAGGUAAUCAAUGGUUAUUAAAUGAUUUACUUCGUAAUCAAUGGAAUUUUACUGGAUUUGUUGUCUCAGAUUGGAACGCAGUUAGUGAAAUGACUGUUCAUGGUUUGGGUAAUUUACAAGAAGUAAGUGUUCGAGCAAUUACUGCUGGUGUUGAUAUGGAUAUGAUUAGUGAAGGAUUUUUAACAACAUUGAAUAAAUCUAUCCAAGAAGGAAAACUAACUGAACAAACAAUUAAUCAAGCAUGCCGUCGUGUUUUAGAAGCGAAAUAUAAAUUAGGUUUAUUUGAUGAUCCAUUUCGUUAUAUUAAUGAAUCUCGUGCACAAACAGAUCUAUUUACACAAGAAAAUCGUUUAGCAGCAAAAGAUUUUGCACGUCGUUCUUUUGUUCUUUUGAAAAAUGACAAACAAAUCUUACCAUUAUCAAGAUCGAAUCUAACUAUUGCUUUGGUUGGUCCAUUAGCUGAUGAUCAAAGAAAUUUACUUGGUGCAUGGAAAGCAGCUGGUGAGUAUAAUCAAACAGUUAGUGUUAUUGAAGGUAUUAAUCAACUUCUUGGAAAGAAUAUUCAAAUUUUACAUGCUAAAGGAGCAAAUUUUGUGGAAGAUUUAAAUAUGUUGAAAAUAUUAAAUGCAUAUGGUCGUGAUGUUAUCUUAGAUAAUCGAACAGCGACAGAAAUGAUUGAUGAAGCUCUUCAAGCUGCAAACAAAUCGGAUGUUAUUGUUGCUGUUGUUGGUGAAACUCGAGGUAUGUCAGGUGAAGCAAGAAGUCGAGGUGAUAUUGGAUUACCAGAUUGUCAAAAAGUUUUACUUCAAGCAUUAUUUAAUAUUGGUAAACCUGUUGUGAUUGUAUUAAUGAAUGGACGACCAUUGACAUUAACAUGGGAAGAUCAAUAUGCCACAGCGAUUUUAGAAACAUGGUUUGCUGGUACAGAAACAGGAAAUGCUAUAGCAGAAGUACUUUUUGGUUAUUAUAAUCCAGCGGGUAAAUUAACAGCAACAUUUCCACGUUCUGUUGGACAAAUUCCACUUUAUUAUAAUCAUAAAAAUACUGGACGACCAUAUAAUUCCAGUGAUAUUCUCUAUACAGAUACAAGCCGUUUUAUAGAUAUACCAAAUGAUCCUUUAUAUCCGUUUGGUUAUGGUCUUAGUUAUACAACAUUUACUUUUGGCCCAUUAAAUGUUGACAAAACAAAACUUCAUGGUGAUGCUGAUCGUUUAACUAUCCGUGUGGUACUAAGUAAUACCGGUGCAUAUGAUGGAGAAGAAGUUGUUCAAUUAUAUAUUGCUGAUCCAGUGGCAAGUGUAACACGAGCUGUACGUGAAUUAAAAAAUUUUCAAAAAGUAUUUCUUCGAACUCAAGAACGUAAAGAAAUUUCAUUUCUUAUUACAACAGAUGAUUUGAAAUUUUUUGAUUCACAUCUUAAUUAUAUUUGGGAAGAAGGAGCCUUUAAUAUUUAUAUUGGUCCUGAUUCAGUUAAUACUCAAUCAGUUCAAAUCAUAUGGUUUAAAUAA